GUCCGAGGCUGUUGACCUCUUGAUCACCACAGGCAAAAUAUCUCCACCUCUAGAGACGUCUCUUUCGACCACCUUUGACUUGGAGCCGCACCUUCAGCCUCUCGACAAGAUUGUACCUCAUAUUUGUUUGCGGACUUGGCUGUAUUAUAUCUCAAAUUCGUUGUUUGUUAGACAGAUCUGGUCGUUUAAUCAUCGCCGCCCUCGAUACCGCUGCACGAUCUGCCAUCGCGUCCUUGUCAACUUUUCGACGCGUCUAUCCACGGCACAACAAAGCUCAUUACGGCCCGUCGCAAUGUUUAAUUGUUGACGCAUGCAAAGACGAAUCAUUUUGGCUUGAAGCUGCCCAAGUCCCUUUUGGGGCUGCGACUGCAAAGCCCAACAAUCAAUAAUCGCCACUAGCACUGAAGCCCUCCAGUCUUCAACAUGGGUGUGUCAGGGCUUCUACCUCUUCUCAAAUCGAUUCAGAAGCCGACUCAGCUCAAAAAGUACGAUGGCCAGGUUCUCGGAGUUGACGCGUACGGUUGGCUCCAUCGUGCCGCCUAUUGCUGUGCAUUAGAGCUUGGUCAGGGAAAGCCGACUCAGAAAUACCUGCAUGCUGCCAUGAAUCGAGUACGCAUGCUUCGGCAUUUUGGUGUGACACCCUACAUGGUAUUCGACGGCGAUUUUCUCCCAAGCAAAGCCGCUACAGAAGAAUCCCGGGACACCAAAAGAAAUGAGAAGAAAAAGGCUGCAAUGGAACUGUUGCGCGCCGGAAAACCUGCCCAGGCCACACAGGAGUUCCAGAAAUGCAUUGAUAUCACCCCUGAGAUGGCAUCUGCUCUCAUUCAACUGCUUAAAAAGCUUGAUAUCCCUUACGUUGUCGCCCCCUACGAAGCCGAUGCACAGCUUGUCUAUCUCGAGCGACAGGGUCUCAUCAACGGCAUCAUCUCGGACGACUCCGAUCUCCUCGUUUUCGGCGCUAAGAAGCUUCUCACCAAACUGGACCAAUAUGGCAACUGUAUAGAGAUCAACCGCAAGGAUUUCUGUGCCUGCAGAGAGGUUUCAUUGACCGGUUGGUCUGAUACCGAAUUUCGACGAAUGGCCAUCUUCAGUGGUUGCGACUAUUUGCGCGGACUCCCAGGCAUUGGGCUGAAGACAGCAUAUCGUAUGCUUCGCAAGACAAAGGCACCAGAGCGGAUAGUCCGGAUGGUUCAGAUGCAAGGGAGAAAGGUGUCCGAAAAUUACUUGACGCAGUUCUACCAAGCCGAGCUGACAUUCCUGCAUCAGUGGGUUUUUUGUCCGACCAAACGGGAACUGGUUCACCUUACAGAUCUGGACGGAGAACGGACGGCAGAGGAGAUGCCCUUCAUCGGAGCCUUUGUAGAGCCUGAGAUAGCACGAUCUAUCGCCAGAGGUGACAUGAACCCAAUCACCAAGACUUUAAUUGUCACCUCGACAACACCGUCCAAGAGAAGGCAUUCGCAGCUGGCCCAUGGUGCCAUUGACCAGCCUCCACCUACGAUGAAGCCUAUCAGCUCCUAUUUCAAGGGAUCCAGUCGGAUACCUAUGGGUGAGAUGGAUCCUAAUUGUUUUGAAGUUGACCCUCAGAGGGUUUCUCAGAUUACUGGAGGAGGAUUGGUACCCCGCGUGUUUCCGCUCCCCAGGCCGUAUCUGGAUGAAACAAUCCAGACUGCUCCGAGUCACUCUCGGGGGUCGGAUGUGACCCGUACCCGCACAUCCCCAAGACUUCAUCGCCGCCGUACGGAACCCAUCGCCAACAUGCUCAACAGUUUUGUCAACAGUCCUACUACCACGAGGCGUACGUCUUCUGCAGGCACCGAGCCUUGCCGCACUACUGCUAGCGCUUCGACUGACCCUGCAAACCGACCACCCAAGAAGGCGCGUUUGUGUGAGGGAAACGAAGCUGGACCUGAGGGAGGUUUGCCACAAAAGAGCAGAUUUUUCCCUGAGCCGAAACUACGGAGAAGUCCAAGGCGGGCGAAGAGCGACGCUUAUCUGUUGUCAGAUGAUUCGCUCGACGAAGCGCUUCUGGCAUUACCUGAUUUUGAGGGUUGGAAGUCUGCCGAUAAAACCAAGAAGAGUGUGUCGGUGUUUGAAGAGAAGCAGAGCCAAGAGACUUCAACAACUGCAGACAGUGAGAGCCAUAUCUCGUUUGUCAAGGAUGAUGAAACCCUCAUGUCAUCCUGUGACGCUUCCAUGCCUCCUCCUUCAUCUGCGGCUUCUGCAUCGCGGGUUUCUUCUACUCCCUCAAGACCAGAUAUUCGCCAGUUCUCUUAUACUAAGCCAAACGAGACACCCGCUUCGACUGCAUCGCGCCGCUCUUCCGUCUUCAGUGCAGCCUCUACCCCCUCAACUGCACCUUCAACUGCAGCUUCUCGCAUGACACCUUUACAGCGUCUUGGUGCUCGUGCGAUGAACGGCCCCAUGUCCCCCAAGCUACCCAAACCGCGCACCAACAACACCGACAAGCAGUUCCUCUCUGAUGUACCUGUCAACCCUGCAUUUAUACCCUUACCCAAGGUCAAUCUGGAUGAGGUUGCGGAUCUUAAUAAAUGUGGAAGCGAAGAUCAAAUCAUCCCCGCUAGUGACGAGGAAGACGAAGAUGAAGAUGAGGUCGACCUUCCUCCGAAGAAACUCAACCUAUCCCGUUUUGCCUUCGCAUAGAACUUACAUUCUUGCUCGCAAACCUCUCAUCUUACAGCCAACAAGCUUUCCAAAGUGAGACUGGUCGUAAUGAACAUAGCAUUUGUCGGGCGUUCUUCUUUUUGCUUUUUCGUUGUAACUGCAGUAGUGUUUGCUAAACUGUAUGGAGAGAACAGGAUAUGGGCGGAGCUGGAGUCUUAUGGAACUAGUGCGUGUCUGUCUCUAUGCAUUAAACGACGGAAGACAACAUGAGUAAGUCAAAUAUUAGAUAGGCGUUUUGGCAAUAUUAUUUCGUCACUAAGAUCAUAAAAUAAUGCAAUUGGACCCCAAUAUCCCAGUUG